GCGAGCGGCAGGCGCAAUUGUCGGUGGACCGUUGGAACGUUUGGAUGAGCGCGUGGUAAAGGAUUCGAGUCAGGGAUUAGAAGCGUGUGCCUCGGCUGUCGCGAUCCGGUACGCGUAGCCCGAAAGCGGAAACGGCGAGGACACGACGCACGUUUCUCCGAUCCGGGCCCCCGAUCGGAAGUCCGUUACGCAGAGAAGCGAGUUCCGAAAGUGUCCCGCGAGUGCAAGCGCGGCGCGCGGACAACUUCACGCGGUAGGCGCGUGAGCGGCGGUGCUCGCUGGACGAUUCGAAUUUUGUGCUACGUUCAAAUCGAGAGUCGAUCGGCAUCCUGUCUCGCAUCCUGAAAUGUGUGUUGCGGUCGUGACGUUCAUCACGCGCGAUAGCGACGCGAUAUUUUCGUGGCAACGUUGACGGAAACGAGCGCGCUUCGUGCGCGCGCUCGCUCGCUCGCGUCCACCACGAUCGCGAUAUCGCGAUCGAAGAAGAUCGACUGCGAGUGACAGAGAAGAACGGCUUGAGAAAGCUUGAGGAUAAACAAAGACAUUCUUUCAGUGACGCUAUCAGUGUGUGCGCCGAAUUUUGGGAUUUUGUGCUACGUUGAACGGAAGACUCCUGGAGUUUCGGUGUUUCCUUUCUGUGUGAUCGCCGACGGCAGCAACGGCCAUGACCGCGGACAGCCUGUUCGAGACUACCAGCAUCCCGGGGCAUCUCGCUCCCACGCCCGAGAGACUGGAGAGACUUCUCUCGAAACAGACCCUCGAGGAGCUCUACGAGGUCGAGGAACAGCCUUUCGCACGAGGUAAAUACGCAACGGUGAGGAGAUGCCGCGAGAGAUCCAGCGGCAGGCAGUGGGCCGCCAAGUUUCUGAGGAAGCGACGACGAGCCCAGGAGCUUAGAGCGGAAGCGCUUCACGAGGUCGCCGUGCUAGAUGCCGCGGCCCAUUGUUCUCGUCUCGUCUCUCUUCAUCAGGUCUUUGAGACCAACACCGAGAUGGUGCUCGUCCUCGAGCUGGCUCCUGGCGGCGAAUUACAAAUGAUACUCGACCGAGACGAAGUUCCAGAGGAACGGCAGGUCGCCAGAUUACUAAAGCAGAUUUUGGACGGGAUAGCCUUUCUGCAUUCCCUGAACGUGGCUCACCUCGACAUCAAGCCACAGAAUUUGGUACUUACUGGAGAAUUUCCAGACUGCGACGUAAAGCUAUGCGACUUUGGCAUAUCACGGUACAUCAGUCACGGAGCAGACAUACGAGAAAUUUUGGGCACGCCCGAUUAUGUCGCCCCGGAGGUUCUGAAUUACGAGCCGAUCAGCCUGGCGACCGACAUGUGGUCCGUUGGCGUGCUGCUCUACGUGCUGCUAACGGGAUGCUCGCCGUUCGGAGGAGACACCAAACAGGAGACGUUCUGCAACAUCAGCCGAUGUCGCCUGGACUUCCCAGACGAUCUCUUCGAGGACGUCUCCGAGGAAGCGCGUGAUCUUAUGCGCAAACUUAUGGUCAAAGAUCCGAAUGAACGUUUGACGGUGACUGAGUGUCUCCAGCAUCCCUGGUUCAACAUGUUCGAGCAGCCGUUGGCGCCCUUGGCGACGUGCCCUUCGUCGGACGACAGUCCUGCUGCUGUUCUCGACUCCUCGACGACGCCCCCGCAAGAGGACAGCCCCUCGUCGGAGCUGCCGAUCGCCAAUCAAAGUCAGGUCUCGUCUACGCCGAAGAACGACGGCGAGAAGCAGCAACGGUCGUCCACGACCGGUUUGUGCCACAGUGCGGAAAUUUCCAAGUCAGCGGCGGGCACUCGCGCCGUCUCCUCGCACACGGAGAACCUCUACUCGGCCUCGAGAUCGUUGCCCAAACCCAUCAGAUUCGGGCUGAGCCCGGACCGUAGGGAUACUUUCAAGAGGAACAUGGACUCGCUGGCGCGAAAGUUUUCCGGCAGUGUCCUACCGGAAAUCGUCAUCAUCGAAUCAUCAUCGUCAAACACCAACGGUAGUAUUCAGCAACGUCGCGCCACUGCCACCCACACGAUGCCGGCUGGCGGUGGCGAGGUGUUCAAGUGCACGCCCGUGUUCAUCCUCGGCGAGACCGAGCAACAGUGUAGUGAUAGCGGCAGCGAUACUGUAUCCGAAAUCUCGACCGACAGCUCGAGCGAUCGCAGUAGCAUCUAUUCGGACGACUCCCUCGAUUUUAUUCUAUACGGUAAGAGUCAAGGUAGAGCGAGUUUUCCGUUCACCGCCGCCGAUGCGACCGCCGAUAGGUGGGAACAGAGGCAUCAUCAUCAUCAUCGUGCCACCAGAGUUUGGCCACGCGAAUGCAGUGGCGUCGUCAGUAAGGCGCUCAGCCGUUUCACGUCGGAGACGACCUCGUCUGGUGUGAAGAUAGCGAAAAUCCCGACGACGACGCCGCCGACGGUGACGGCGUUGCGUGGCGGCAGUAGCAACAAGGCCGGUCUGGAGGCGCUUCGCGAACGGGGCGGCAACUUGGUAGUUAUUAGGGAACCCGUACGUGCUGGCAGGUACACCAGGUACAGCGAAGUACAAUGCGAGUCAGUGCAGGCGCGGAUUCGGCGGUUCCAGGUGCACGAGGCCUCGUAAGAUUGUGCCGUCCAGCUGUGCGUCGACAGGUGUCGGCGUUGAAUUAUAUUCGUGCGCAGGUGGACGGACAUCUCUGGCAGCCUCUUCGAGGAGUUGCCGAGGGAUCGGAAGUUCGAGAGUUUGAGGCGAUUGUACAUAUCGCGUAAUAUAUCACGUGUACAGUGACGCGAAUAGUAGAAGGGAGGUUUUGAGCAACGAGGCGUGCCCGAGAGAUGUGCGAACGAAGGAUAAGGUGGGACCGAGACGGGCGAAGUUCCUCGAGAUUUGCGAAGGCUGUGACGUCAGAGAAGGUUCUUAGGAAGGUUCAGGAUUGCGCAUCUUUCUAUAAGGACUAUGAGCUUUGUGAAAAAUAUAUUCGAAUUUACGGAUCUUUUGAUUCUAGAACGAUAAAGAACAACAUCGACGUUAUGCGACAUUUGUAUGUAAAAGAAAGGGAUUAUUUUUGAAUUUAUUUUUCGUGAAGCACAUAAUGCUGUGAUAGCGUUAGGGGAACGUGAAAUGAUAGCAUGAAAAAUGCGGUGUGUUCUUACAUUUCGCCGAAAUUCGGUAAAGGCGAUGUGUGUCGUUAACACGAUCAGAAAAUUUUGCGAUGCGGCAUCCUGUAACUCGAUCGCGAUGCAUGUAAUAUUAUUAAGCAGUAUUUCGUAGCGAGAACAAAAAGUUUACGCGCGUACCACACCAAGCCUGAUCUCUAGAAUCCUUGAACAGCCUCUCGAACAGCUCCUGUCCCGACUUUCGCUGGACUUCUCGGGAAACCAAGACCGAUUGUAAAGAGUGUGCGUACGGCUAUGCGAGUCGUACAACGUAACCACGUGCAAAACGUGUCGCAUGUGGAAUCCUACGUGUACAAUGCCUUCCUACAUACGCGUGCCUUUGCGAAGGUGCCGACGAGAGAUCGUAGUUUGUAUCAUAUCAAAGCGAACAAACGGCUGUUGUAAAUACUGUAAGAGAGCAUGUGAAUGCGUAUACGAAUGUAUGCGUGCGUGCGUGCAUGUAUGCAUUGACUCUUCGUGGAAGCGAUCGGCUUCGAAGAGGGUGGUCUUGAUGUAUAUAUUCGAGUAAUCAUAGAAUGUACGAGCGAUAAAACAAAUCGCGAGUAUGCGUGGCUUGCAAAAAGGUGCUUGCGGUUGCAGUUGCGAUGCUGAUCACAUAAGAUAGUCUCGCACCGAGGUGGCGACGGCAGAGAUCCGAAGGAAAGAUCGUAUGGAGUCAUCGCGACACCCAACGUUAGAUUCCGGUUAUGAGUGGAACGCAUUCCGCCAUAUACGAAGAUAGUCGAUCCAUCGAGACUCGAUGGCGAUUUUUCGUCAAUCCUGACGGAUUCCGCCGUCACUGCCCGACGAAACCGUUUGAAAUCAAGAACUAGAGCGAAAAUGGCUCUUCCUAGACUGCCGUUAUCGAUAGACUGAUUGAUCAACCGUCCUUUUGAGCUGAAGAAAACUCGAACUGUAUUGCGUGCGCGUGCACCGAGACGCGGUGCGAUACAUGUUUAUCCGAAACGUCAUUGUAAUUCCAAGAGGUCUACUUUUAAAGUAUGAUUUUUAGAAGCAGACACUUUCGUGUAUUAGUGUAUGCCCCUUCCAACAAGCGAUACAGUGAUCAUCUCAUCUUUGUUUAACAUUGGCAAACAACAAGGAUGUGAUGAUCCAUUGUGUCACACCGUGUCAUCUGUGUCACUUGUUGGAAGGCACACACUAAUAGAUUGAUAAAAGUUGCGUUCGUUUUGAAAAUGCCGAUAGUUCGAGCGGCCGAGUAAGUUAAUCACGGGAAAAAUCCUGUAAUCGCCAGCAAUACUGUAUCUCGGUGCAUCGCACGCGAUUCCGUCGACGGAACAAAUCGCCAUAUCAAUCGGUUGUUGAAUAUAACAACCACCAACGACAAUCCAGAUAAAUACAUUUCGGUGCCUUCCUUAAAGAAAAUCACGAUGCGUGUUCGCUAAUACGACGCACGUCGCCAGUGCCUACGUUUACUUGUCCGAUACAAGCGGCAAGGCUUUUCGAGUCACGAGAUAAUGAUGCAUAGCAGGGAGAGAAUGUACGUCUGAAGUGUGAAGAGUGCCUUAAUUGCGCCCGGCUUCGCGAGAAAUCAAAAUUGAAAGCCUAGACGAGCUUUCUAGGCGUCUCUAAUUCUGGUUAGCUCGAGAAUAAUACGGCCUUGAUGAAGGAAAUUAGCAAUGCGGGGCCGAGCCCUUCAGAGAUGUCAGUAACUCGAAAACUCUCGAACCACCGAAAACUCUCAGCUCUCAUUACACAUUACAAAGAUGGGACCAUUUUUCUAUGGGUAGUAUAUAUCAUGUAUAUAUACGUUUUCCCUAUUGUUAAAUAUUUUCUCAAUCGUGCUAUUAAAUAUACUUUAUGAAUCUGCAUCCUUUUCUUUUGUUACUUAAAAAUUGUUAAUUGUUCGUUACGCGCGGAAGGAUAAAGAAAGAGAAUCAAGACGAUCAACCUCGUCUGCUCUCCGAACUCCCGUGGAGACGCGCAAAUUAUAAUUGUACAUACAAACUUAUUUAUCCACAGAAUUCAUCAUCUCGCACAAAUUGAAACGCGUGAGUCGCUCGCUCGCUCGCUCGCUCGCGUAGCGCAACGAAAGCUAGUCAUAAACACGUUCCGUCCUCUUUCUCACGCUCGCUCCCCCUUUUUUCGCGCCUCUAAUUUUCGUUCAUUUCGCCGCAAACACACGCUCGUUGGCGAGACGCUAACGAGCGACCUGUGUCUUCGCCGAGCGAGACGAGAAAGAAGAGCGGACGAGAGAGCGCUGCAAAAAUGACGGACUUGGUUGGCGAGUCUCGGCUUCGAGCAGCACGAGAGGCUCGUUCAACCGUGAAUUUGUAUCAUCUCUUUAUACACAAAUCCACGGGAUAUUCGAGGUCCUGAUAUUUGCCAGUAAAUGUAUAAUUGAUAUGUUUUUUAACGCAACGAAAUUUUUAGCAAUACUCCCAAAUUUCUUUCCGUAUUGCAAAUAGGAUCGAUGUGAUACGGUUUUUGGUGGUUCUCUUCGAAGUUAAA